UUGUUUUUAUCUUGUUUUUCAAGCCAAGGAAACACUGAGCACUACCUAGACUCGUGCGCAUAACGUCAUCCUCCGAAUGAAUUAUUGCGAAUAAAAACAAGUUUCCCAGAACUGAACUUAUGGUAAAGUGAUUGUGAUAAUAUGGUGUGAUCUAAAGGAGUGCAGUGAAAGUUGGAAACAUUGAAUUUAGAACCGUGUUUUUUAAUUUUGCAGUGUGACGUCGUAGAAAACAUAUGAGAUGCAAGAAGGGCUAGAAGCUCUAUAAGCUGACUCUCCAACUAUGGGCAUGUCCAAGUUCCUGAAUCUACAACAAAACACAAAAAUGGCGGACGGCAAGAAGUCAAUAAAGAACAAACUAAUAAAACCAUUCGUCGCACUGUUCCGCAAGAACAAAAAAAACAAGGCGAAAAGCCAAGAAAGUAACAAGGAAAAUACAAACGAGGUACCAUUAACGAACACAGCCGCAGAAAUCAAAUUAAACCAUGUGCGUUAUGAGGAAUCCCCGUUCGAUAAUCUCCUGAAGAAUCUUGAGAAGCUCGAAAUAGAGAAGAAAGCAAGGCUAGAAGCGGAAUCAUCAGAUUUCAUCAACGCCAAUUGCAACGAUUCGAUUAGCAGUCUGGAGAAUGAAAUCGAAAGGGAGAAAGAAUUUUUGGAUAGAUUCAACGAAGUCGACAAGAAGUCAAGGUUAGAUGCAGCAAACCCAGGUUUAAACGAACACCAAAACGAUUCAGACUACGAUAAUGACGCAGAACUUCUGGAAAAAUUCCACGAACUUGUAAUAGAGGCGAAGGAAACCACCGGAACUGCGGAAGAUGAUGAGGAUUUCAAUAAGUUCUCAUCUAAAGUGGCAUCUGAGGACAGCAGGGCGUCCAGGAUCGAUUCGCAAUCUUCGGAGGACAGUGGUUUCGCAGACAAAUGUAGUCCAGAGUCAGAUGAAGACAAAACUGGUGAAGAAGAGAAGCAGAAAGAAGCCAAACUGCAAAUAGCUUACAUCAAAAGGGGUCCUAUAAAGAACAAUAGAUCAAUAACCAAGCAAAGCAGCUCAUCUGUGCAACCAUAUGAGAUUUCCCUGAACCCCGACAUCCUUUCUGGCGGGUAUGUGAUCACCAAUCCAGAACAUAGCGCGGCGUUCUUAACCCAACCUCCACACGAAUUGGAACCGCAGGGUUCUGAGGGAAUCGAUUUCCUAAUCAAAUCCUGUUUCUCGCAAGAUCAAAUCGACCUAUGCAUUCACGCUCUAGAGGUUGAUUCACAAAUGAAGAGCAAUUCAAUUUUAAACCCACCCCCAAAUAUAUACCUAGACCAACAACUCGGACUUAUAAAUGAGAACAGCGAUCUAGAUUUGAACAGUCUUUUGACACCCCCAAAUUCGGUCAACAGCUGCGCAUCGAAUUCGCCGAAUCACAUAAACAUGGAAUCACCACACAAAAAUAUUGAUGCCCUGCUAGGAAGCCCCGGUUUGUCCUUGAACGGGGACUAUGAGGAAUUUAGGGAAAUUAUGCCCUUAGUAGCGUCACCAUUCUACCCGGGAUUAGGGGAGAUUACCCCACCUGAAACGAAAUCGUCGCAAUCGCACCUAAACGCUUCACCAUCCUACCCGCGAUUAGGGGAGAUUACCGCACCUGAAACGAAAUCGUCGCAAUCGCACCUAAACGCUUCACCAUUUUACCCACAAUCCGGGGAGAUUACCCCGCCCGACACCACCUCACCAUUGCCGGUGUACAAAAUACUAAAGCACUAUAAAGACCGCCAAAGGGAGUUGGAGCAACAAUUUUUGAAAAUGGAAUGCUGUCAGACAAAUCUGACACCGUGCAAAGAGAUUUUUAGGAAGAAGUUACAGAAUUUGCCUGAAGAUGACAAGAAGCGGUUGUGCUGUGGUGUUGCCAAGUUAGAGCUGAAAUAUGCCUAUGGAAUUCUCCUCCACACCCUAACAGACCUGUCAAACAGUGACCAGGCGGAAGAUUUCAAAGAGGCACUUCUCUGUCUGGUGUGCGAGAAGGUACUCUCUGAGCAGAAGACCCUUUUUGUCGAGGAAUUCGGACUGAGCCUGCUCAAAUACGCGGUGCUACGCUGCUAUCAGAGGCCGGUGAUCACUCGCUACUUGGUGCAAUGCGUGCGCGCUGUCACCAGGAGCUCCGCGUACGAAAGGUCCAACGACACCGUUUUCACAGAGGUGGAUUCAAAUGGUGACAACUUGUUGAUCGCUUGCGUCCGCGAGGGGGACAAGUGCGCGAACGUGCUACGUGAGUUGGUACGCGCAGAGGAAAACGACAUUCCCCUGUUCGACGUGCACCACGUCAACAUAGACGGCUGCACCGCCCUCCACGCGUGCUGUGCGGGGCACGGCGUGAGUACGCCGCGUGCGCACACACUGCACGUGCUCCUGAGACACGCGUCCGCGGACCGGUAUCGAAAGGAUCGCAAGGGUGGUGAGACCCCCCUCCACUUGGCGGUUAACUCCGCCAACUGCGAGCUAGACAUGGUUCUGAUCUACUUCAGCGUCGACCGGCGGGACUGGUUCAGCCUUGCGCAUGCGGAGAACUUGAGCAAAAAAACCCCAUUGGAGUACGCUAAGAAUGGCCUACGAUCAAGACCGACGACGUAUCCGCGAGAAAUCUUUAAAUUCCUCGACAAGUGCCGAAAAACAACGAGGAAUUAAUUCGAGAAAUUUUAAUAAAUAUUUGACGACACAAAAAAACGUUCACCUUCCCAAAGUAUCAUUUUAUUUCGGAAGGAUCAUAGCUGACAUUUUCUACACGAGGAAAGGAUAAAAUUUCUAUCUUUUCCUAUAGUUUUAUCCACUCUGAAUAUGGGCACAUGGGAAAUAAUAUCCAAAUAAUAUACGUGUAAUAUCAAAAGGGGGUAAACUUCUGAUUUCCACGGUUGACUUGCUUUGGCAGAUGGACAGAUAUAUUUUAUCCCUUGUCAGUGGAUAUAGUCGAUGGAUAAAAUGUUCGUCCCCUGCUUAUGCUAGACGUGCUGUCUGUAUAUUAAAUAGGGGAUUAACUUAUCUUUUCCCUAUGGUCUUGCUUUUGCAGAUUGAAAAAUAAAUUUUAUCCCUCAGUGGAUAUCAUGAGGAUAAAAAAAACCUCUUGCAUAAGCUAGCAAGCUUAACGGUUGUAAUAGCGUCAAGGUUAGCGUGCUCGGAGGGUGGGAGUGAGACCGAAGCUUGCUAGGUGUUCCCCCAGGGCAUUGAAGGGAAAUCCCCCUAGACACCCUAAUCGUGUCUAAAGGUCCCCUUUAAGGGCUCAGAGCUCUGCUUAAGUUGGUGUUUGGGAUAGGUGUGUGUUUUCGCUCUUGUGUCAAGUACAACCUGAUGCUGGGUAAGACCCAUGGCCGGAUGACGUCAGAAAUAUUAUCGCAACACUGUAACGUCAAAGCAAUAUGGACUGCGUUACUCUAUUGAGACUCACAAUGUGUCACUCUUUAUCAUUUAACCAGCGUGUAGACGAAUUUGAGCUUUAAAACAAGGGGCAUAAAUUCUGUUUUACUGUGACGUUACGUUGCGCGAGAGUCCAAACUGAUCUUCCAUUAGUAGGGUACGAUUUUUAUAAUAAGUGUACACCUAUUCAAUCAGCAACACAUCACAAAGAACAUUUUAAGGGAUUCGAAUAUUAAAAUAUGGAGGCUGACUUACCUACUGCCCCCCAUUUAUUUUUCAAAAUGGCGUCUGUAAAACCUGUAUCAUGCUUAUUAAUAAAGCGGGCGAUAUAAAUAUUGAUUGGACGAAUUUUAUACAGAGUGAGCGACUAUAAAAUCCAAAGCGAUAAUAGUGAUAAAAUAAAUCUAGUUCGGUUUUCCCGAGCUACUGACGCUUUCAAAAUGGCGUCUGUAUAACCUGUAUCAUGCAAAUUAAUAAAGCGGGCAAAAUGUAUACUGAGUGGGCGACUUUUAUACCGAGUGAGUGACUAUUAAAAUCCGAAGCGAUAAUAGUGAUUACAAAAAUCUAGUUCGAUUUUCCCGAGCUACUGACGCUUUCAAAAUGGCGUCUGUAAAACCUGUAUCAUGCAAAUUAAUAAAGCGGGCAAAAUAUAUACUGAGUGGGCGACUUUUAUAUCGAGUGAGCGACUAUAAAAUCUAAAGCGAUUAGAUAUAUAAGCUAUCUGAUCUAAAAAAAAAGUUUAUAUCCCGAGCUACUGAAGCCUAAAGUUUGUUUAGGUAAGGUAAUUUAUGUGCCCUUAGGUUCUAUUGUCUUAGAAGAAAUAUAGUCAUGAUUCGCUCACUUACUUUUAAGGUAAGCCAUAUUUAGUAAUUACGAUACUAUUACGUCUUAAUAAUAUCCAUAAGUUAUUAAAGCUUUAAUGAUGCUUUUCUGUUAUUAAACUUUGCUAUGAAAUAUUGUUGUAUGCUCAUAUGCUUUAGAGUGCUAAGGCGCCGGUUUCAUUACAGCCAGAAGUGGUCGUUGCGUUGCGAAGUAUCGCUCUGUUAAUUGGAUAGUUUUAAUAUUAAACGUGUUUUGACGUAUUACUUAAAUAAACAAAAAACAUGACUUUUUCAUUCAUAGGCAAUUCUGGCUCCAUACCAAAAUAUUCGAACCCCAGGAUGUUCUAACAUUUAGCUUUAAUAAAAUAACUAACCUUUGAAAUUUUAAGUUUAGUUAAAGAUUUCAGUUUUUAAGUUUAGUUUCGUAAGAAUAGAGAUUGAUUAUUUUAAUUGAAUCUAAUUAAGAUUAUUGCGGAGUGUUGGAGAGGAACUUUUAAAUAGUUUUUAAGUGUUUGCUAUC